AUGAAUAUAUAUUACUCAUAUUUAUAUAUAUAUUUUUUUAAUUUAAAAAGAUAUUAAAUGCCUAAAGCCGCUAAAACAUCAAAAGCUAAGAAAAUAUAAAAAAGAGUUGCAGACAGAAAAAAGAAUCCCUUAUUUGUUAAAGAUGCUAAAAAUUUCAGAAUUGGCAACGACGUUUAACCAAAAAGAGAUUUAUCCAGAUAUGUUAGAUGGCCAAGAUACAUUUUACUUCAUAGAUAAAAGAAGAUCUUACUUUAAAGAAUCAAAGUGCCUGCUGCUAUUCAUUAAUUCAGCAAAACAUUAGAUAAAAAUUAAUCUUCAAAAGUCUUGGGUUUAUUAAAGAAAUACUCACCAGAAACAAAAACUGAAAAGAAACAAAGACUUACUAAAUUAGCUGAAUAAAAAGCAUAAGCUCAAAAGGGUGAAUCAAAAAAAGUACAAGUCUUGAAAUUUGGUCUUAAUCAUGUAACUACAUUGGUUGAAACAAAAAAAGCAAAAUUAGUGUUAAUAGCUUAUGAUGUUGAUCCAAUUGAACUAGUAGUAUGGUUGCCCCAAUUAUGUAGAAGACAAGAAGUUCCCUUCUGUUUCAUUAAAAAUAAGGCUAGAUUGGGAGCAUUAGUGCAUUAAAAAACAGCUACUUGUGUAGCUUUGACUGAUGUCAGAAAAGAGGAUCAAGCAGAAUUCGAUAAUUUAGCUCGUGACUUGAGAUAACACUACAAUGAAAACCAUGAACUUUUAAGAACUAUUGGAGGUGGACAAGUCGGAAUAAAAUCAAGACAUCAAUAGGAAGCAAUAAAGAAAGCUUUCGAAUUGGAAGAAUUAAAAAAGACAUCACAAUGA